GCACCGCUAACAGGCUGCAACUCGACUGGUUUGUCAACAAAACAAACAUUUCGCUAUUUCAUCGCAAGCUGGACUGUCGUGUUGCGUCGUGUGAGAACUUGUGUGGUUGUGGAAUCGGAUUCGAGUGGAAAACACCGUUCACGCUGGGCUGCAAGCUUUUGCGUGUUUGGGUAGACAGUUGCAUUGUGUAGUUAAAUCCGUGAAUAAGAAUAUAUGUGAAAAAUCCGAUAUUGUCGUGCAAUAAUUUUCUCGAUUGCCACCGAGUGGCUUACAGUCGGGCACAUAAUGCACAAGAAAUGUUGUACGCAGAAUGUGCAAGAAAAUUAAACAAAUUCCCUACGAAAAUGUGACAAACUAGAAUGUGAGUCUAAAAAACAAGUACAACGUGAACUCCCAACAGCAUUUGGGCGACCAAUCUUAUCAACACAGCAACGGAAAUACAUAAAAAUCUUGAUAGACUGAGAAAGGGACAAUUGGAAUACCUUAACAUAUUUUUAAAUGUUUUACAACACAAUGGAACUGCAUCAGCGACACCUCUCAAACUUUUACAAAUUGCACAACUGAAAAUAGUCUUUGAUAAAUAUAUAAAAUAUAAAAAAUUGCUACUGAAACAAGAUGCCAAACAUGUCCAGCACCAAAGCGGAGCAACAAAGUGGUCCUAUUGGAGGUAGUAGCGGCUAUCAAGUACCGGUCAACAUGUGCACCACCACAGUGGGGACUACGACGACCACUUUGGGGAGCUCCGCUGGAGGAGCCACUGGAUCCCGACACAACGUGUCCGUGACAAACAUCAAGUGCGAGCUAGACGAACUACCGUCACCAAACGGAAACAUCGUGCCGGUUAUCGCAAACUACGUUCACGGUAGCUUGCGCAUUCCACUCAGUGGACAAUCAAUUCAUAGGCAGUCCGACUCGGAGGAGGAACUAGCGAGUAUUGAAAACUUGAAGGUUCGGCGAGGGACGGCGGUGGAUAAAAAUGGUCCUCGUCCAAUGUCCUGGGAGGGCGAGCUGAGCGAUGCUGAGGUUAACGGGGUCGAGGAGCUGAUGGAAAUGGAGCCAACAAUUAAGAGCGAGGUGGUCACCGCUGUUGCACCCCCACAGCUCGUCUGCGCCCUACAACCGAUAAAAACAGAGCUAGAGAACAUUGCAGGAGAGAUGCAGCUUCAGGGGAAGUGUUACCCCCUGUCCAAGACACAGCAUCACGCUGCCACAAAAUUAAAACUUGCCCCUACGCAAAGUGACCCAAUCAAUCUCAAGUUCGAGCCACCUUUGGGAGAUAAUUCUCCGCUUCUGGCUGCACGUAGUAAGUCCAGCAGUGGAGGCCAUUUACCACUGCCCACGAAUCCCAGUCCCGACUCCGCCAUACAUUCCGUCUACACGCACAGCUCCCCCUCGCAGUCGCCUUUGACGUCGCGCCACGCCCCCUACACUCCGUCUCUGAGCCGCAACAACAGCGACGCCUCGCACAGUAGCUGCUACAGCUAUAGCUCCGAGUUUAGUCCCACACACUCGCCCAUUCAAGCGCGUCAUGCCCCACCUGCCGGUACACUCUAUGGGAACCACCAUGGUCUUUACCGCCAGAUGAAGGUGGAAGCCUCAUCCACUGUGGCAUCCGGUGGACAGGAGGCCCAGAAUUUAAGUAUGGACUCUUCCUCUAGCAACCUGGACGCAGUGGGCUUAGGAUCAUCGCACCCCGCAUCUCCGGCGGGCAUAUCCCGUCAGCAGUUAAUCAACUCGCCUUGCCCCAUUUGCGGCGACAAGAUCAGCGGAUUCCAUUACGGGAUUUUCUCCUGCGAGUCCUGCAAAGGCUUUUUCAAGCGCACCGUUCAAAAUCGCAAGAACUACGUGUGCGUGCGUGGAGGACCAUGUCAGGUCAGCAUUUCCACUCGCAAAAAAUGUCCCGCCUGCCGCUUUGAGAAGUGUCUGCAGAAGGGAAUGAAGCUAGAAGCGAUUCGGGAGGAUCGAACCCGUGGUGGCCGCUCCACAUACCAGUGCUCCUACACGUUACCCAACUCAAUGCUCAGUCCGCUGCUUAGUCCCGAUCAAGCAGCAGCAGCUGCCGCCGCCGCAGCUGUGGCAAAUCAGCAGCAACCGCACCAGCGACUGCAUCAACUAAAUGGAUUUGGAGGUGUACCCAUUUCCGGGUCUACUUCUCUUCCAGCCAGUCCAAGCCUGGGAGGAACUUCGAUCAAGUCGGAAGAGAUGACGGAGAAGGGCAAGCAAAGUCUCCGAACGGGAAGCGUACCACCACUACUGCAGGAAAUCAUGGAUGUGGAGCAUCUGUGGCAGUACACCGAUGCCGAGCUGGCCCGCAUCAACCAACCACUGUCCGCAUUCGCCUCUGGCAGCUCUUCUUCAUCGUCAUCGUCAGCCACAUCCUCGGGCGCCCAUGCACAACUUACCAAUCCACUACUGGCUAGUGCUGGUCUCUCGUCCAAUGGCGAGAACGCCAACCCUGAUCUAAUCGCCCAUCUCUGCAACGUGGCUGAUCACCGUCUUUAUAAGAUCGUCAAAUGGUGCAAGAGUUUGCCGCUUUUUAAGAACAUUUCGAUUGAUGACCAAAUCUGCUUGCUCAUUAAUUCGUGGUGCGAGCUGUUGCUCUUCUCCUGUUGUUUUAGAUCAAUUGAUACCCCCGGAGAGAUUAAAAUGUCACAAGGCAGGAAGAUAACCCUAUCGCAGGCCAAAUCAAAUGGCUUGCAGACCUGCAUUGAACGGAUGCUCAACCUAACAGAUCACCUGAGGCGGUUGCGCGUUGAUCGCUACGAAUAUGUUGCCAUGAAAGUCAUUGUGCUGUUGCAGUCAGAUACGACAGAGUUACAGGAGGCGGUAAAGGUGCGCGAGUGUCAGGAAAAGGCAUUGCAGAGCUUGCAAGCUUACACCCUGGCGCAUUAUCCCGACACGCCGUCAAAGUUUGGGGAGCUUCUGCUACGCAUUCCUGAUUUGCAAAGAACGUGUCAGCUUGGCAAGGAGAUGUUAACGAUCAAGACUCGCGAUGGAGCUGAUUUCAAUUUGUUAAUGGAGCUCUUGCGCGGAGAGCAUUGACAAUUGAUUACUGAGACGGAAAUCUUCUACCAUUGGCAAAACAAGUUUUACAUGUUUAGUAUUAGAUAUAUAUAUUCUAGAGAUAACAUCCUUACUGUAAGUUCUGAAAACAUGUGCCUAAAAACCAAAGCCACGAUAGCAGUCACAUCAGGCCCACUGGUCGAGAUUGAAUCCAAGAGCAAGAUUGCCAAAUUUUUACACCAAUAUAUAUUUUGAUAUGAGCCAUGUGCAGGGCCCCCAAUGGCUGUUGUUGUCGGCUAAAGUUUCAGUAAGAAAAGUAUAUAGUAUGUAGUAGAUUUUGCUAUUUAUACAUAUAUGACUUAUGUAUAGUGUAAACUAAAGCACACAUGGAAAAUGAAAAGACUAAACAAAUUUAUUUAAAAAUAACUUGUAUUAUUAUAGAAGAAGAAAAACAAAAAACUCAAAGGCAGAGAAGGAAAUUUACUUAAAGCAGGAGCCACAUUUUUAUAUUUUCUUAUAUAAAGAAAUUUUCAAUGUAUUUUAAAUAAAAUGCCGAAAACGAUUCGAUUUGAUGAAGAGCUGCUAGAAUUUUUAAUAAUAUAUCUAUAUAUUGAUUAUUACAAGACGGAUAAGUGUAUCCAAUGUUUAAAUGUUGUAGCGUAUAGUUUUAGUGCAAUUUCACACAUGUCUACAAACAUGAAUAUUCAGCGAGAUAUGUCUGCAAACUAUUAUAAAGCAAAAGACCACUCGAAAUAGCCAUCACUGGUUGGCUAAGACUAUUCCAGUUAUGCUGUUUGUUGCAUAAAAAACCACAACUUCAUACAUUAAUUAAAUGUAUAAUUUUAUAUUGAAGUUUUAGAUUUGUAUUAACUUUUACCUUAUUAUUACGAUUAUUAUUAUUACUAUUUUUAUUAUUAUUAUGUAACGCUGACUUAAAUAGCUGAAGAAAAUCCUGCAACAGGAUUUAAAACAUAUAAAUACACAAAUCAUUAUAACAUGAACACUUUUUUUGCCUAUAUAUUAGAUAGUUUGAUAUGUACUUUGCAUAUGUAUGCAUGUGUAUGUAUGUGAGUACGUACUAUAAAAAUUCCUGUCCCACCAGAAAAAUCACACGCAAUACAAAAUUCCAAAAUAAUAAACUCUUAUCUACAAAGAAAGAUAAAAAGACAAAUAAAUGAAUAUAAGUUAGUGGCCGGGAGUCCAAAAGUAUUGGCUAAAAAUAUUAAACAAAUUUCAACAUAAAGUUUAUGGUUUUGCAUUGCUAACCCCUUCAGUUUGAAAAGAAUUUUAGCAUAAUAAAUUCUUUAUCCGAUUUGGAUGUAUUUGCCAUUUUUUUCUUUGCUUUAAUCCGUUGUAUCUAUAAAUUAUGAGGAUAUUAGUUCAUAUUGAUCUUGUUCUUCUGAUGUACACCUCUUCUGUACGUUAAUAAAAAUCAUAAGUAUAAUUGAAAUUAGGUAAAUGUCCUUAUAAAGAAAGGGCUCUAAUAAAUUUUAAUUUACAGUUUAGCAUAGUUAAUUGACUAAGCCCACUAAAAUCAAAAAUAUUUUAUUAUUUACUAAGCAUAGUACACGAAAACAAUUUGGAAUGUUUAUUACGCUAACAGCACACACGUGUGUAUACAUUUUUUUCUACUAACCGAUUUUUUUCUACUAAGGUUCAUAAAAUACCUUUUAAAAACAAAGUUAAAACAAACAUAAAACCCAUAGCGCAAUAUUGAAUGUGAAACAGUUUUCUUUGCGUGCGAUGUUUGCUUCAGCCACGUACAAAUUCAUCCUUUAGCAAAUAUAAAACUAAAUUUUGCUUUUAAAUAAAUUUAAUAAGUAAAAUUCAAACUAUAAU